AUGGGGUCAGACUCUGACAAGCUGGCUCUUCAGCCGGAGCGGUGGGUGCAUGGAUGUAGGUGUGAUAGUAGAUCCGUGGGUCGGUGUGGCUUUGAGCCUCUGAAAGCGGUGCUCUUCGUUUCUAAACGAUCAAGGCUUAUUGAGAAGUUCCUUUUGUCUCAUUUCUUUCAUUUCUCAGAGCCGUUCUUGGAGUACCUGAACCAGACGAAAGCCUUCUGCAGCCAGUUUGAGAAUGGACAGUGGUACUGCUAUAUCCUGCUGGUGCUCUUCACCUUCGCCUUGCCCGUGGGCAUCCUGGGCAACGUGGUGGCGCUGGUCAGCUACACCUGCUUCCGGAAGAGCUGCAGCACCAACAACGUGUUCCUCUUAAACCUGGCGCUGUGCGACUCUGCCUGGAUUCUCACGCUCCCCUUCAACAUCUACUUCAGCUUGGAGGGCCCCUAUCUCCAAGACGUCCAGAUCUUCUGCCAACUCAAGAAGAUCUUCUUCAACAUCAACAUAUAUGGCAGCAUCCUCUUCCUCACCCUCGUCAGCUUCGACCGCUACGCCGGCACCGUCCACCCCAUCAGCUCACUCCGGUGGUGGGACGUGGGCAAAGCCAAGGUGUGCUCAGUGUGCGUUUGGAUCAUCAUUCUCCUGGGCUCCAUCCCCGACCUUUUCGUGACCUUUGCUGUCCGCCGCCCCGGCAACGUCAACGUGUGCAUGGACCACAUCCAAGGCCCCUUCAUUUACGUCAAGACCAUCACCAUCAUCCGCACCUUGGUGGGCUUCGUCUUACCGUUCGCUGUCAUGGUAUGGUUCUACAUGAUGACGUUGCGGGUGUUGCGGCACCGUCCAAAGAGCAGGAGGUGCAGGGGAGGGCAAGGGGAGGGGCGGCGGCUGGUGGGGAAGCCGCUGUGGCUCAUCACGGCCGCCCUGCUGGUAUUCAUGGUGUCCUUCCUGCCCUACCACGUCAUGGUCAUCACCCUCGUGUUCAUGAGGAUCCGUGGCCAGGUGACGCCGGCCAACACCAGCGUCCUCUACGCCUCCUACGAGUUCUUCGAGGCCAUGUGCAGCGUUAGCAGCUGUCUGGACCCGGUGCUGUUCAUCCUGGCCAGUGAGAGGUUCCAUAAGAAGUUGGUGAACCUGAAGAGGGGACGUUACAUGAGGCUGUGCUGCAAAGUCAGCAGGAGGGUAGGGGUGAUCGGAUGA